ACUUUACAGUCCUUACCGCCUUUAGCAGAGGAACAAUCCUCCGAUAACAAACCCUAUAUUCUCCUACAUACUCGCCCAUUUACCCGCCGUGACGACCAGUCUCCUUUAACCUAGCCAUCUACUGGCUAGACACAGCUAUCCACGUAAGAGAGAGAUAGAACCCAACAAUAGAGAAAAAAGAACAAUAGUAGACAAAAAAAAAGAGGAAGAAACAGACGCAGAAAUGCACCACAAUCAACAACAGAAUCAACCACAAUCGCCUACCUCGCAACCACCGGUGCCCAUAUCGAUCACAAUAUGCGGUGACGGAGGUUGCGGUAAGUCGUCGAUAACUCUCCGACUAGUUCGGUCCCAAUGGACGUCCGAGUACGACCCGACCAUCGAAGAUAGCUAUAGCAUCACCCGGCGUAUUGAUGGCACCACCUACCACCUAUCGCUGACCGACACGGCUGGACAAGAGGAGUAUCGGGGCAUGUGGGCGUCGUCCAAUCUCAGUGCUGAUGCCUUCCUUCUUGUUUACGACAUCACGUCGUUCGACAGUCUCGAUGCCUUGAACUAUUUCAACGACCUCAUAGACAUGGAGGCAGAAACGCGUCUUGAUAACGCAGCACGGGCACGGCGGGCCGGCCUGGGGGCGGGUGGAGGCGCGAGAAGAGGUAGUAUAGGGUUGGGAGGAGCCGGUAGCGGUGCAAGGACGAUACCGCCGGUCAAGAUUAUAGCUGGUAACAAGUGUGAUUUGCAAGAGUCGCGGCAGGUGUCAGCAGCUCAGGGACUCGAAUGGGCGCGGAAACGCGGUUGCGGUUUCAUGGAGACGAGUGCUCGGCUCGAGGUCAACAUCGAAGAGACAUUCGCCCUCAUCGUCCGCCGAGUUGUCGAAAGCCGUCGCCUUGCUGAAAUGGGUGUCCUCGAUAAUACCGAUAUGGACCGUCGUGGCGUCACAAAACCCCUGACACCGCUCGGCGAUAGCGAUGACCGCGACAUGGAUAACGAAAAAUCUGGGCGUUCAGGUUUGACAAGGGGUCCACGAAUUGGCGACGGUCAGAGAGUUUUUGGAAGCAGGAGGGAUAGAUUCUGGAGAAGCUUACGGUGUUGGUAGGGCGGGUUCUGCCCUCUUAUUGUUUAGACCAAUUGGUCAAUCCCCGCGUACGGCGAGUGGAGUUUAAAAGGAGCAUAUGGCUGAGGUGCUAUUUUUGAGCUUUCAACA